UUCCAGGCGUCAUCAGGUGGCUGUGGGAAGGCAAGCACGGACAAGGCACAAUGGGCCUGGUAUACAACGUCUAUCUUACCUCCACCAAGAUUUUUGGGUGCAAACAAUGCAAGACCCAUCUUGCAGACUAUGACGACAUCAUAAGCCGGAAUUUCCGGGGCCAGCAUGGCAAAGCAUACCUCUUCAACAACGUCGUCAACAUCACCCAGUCCGAGGCCGUGGAGCGUAGUAUGACCACGGGGAGGCAUAUUGUUCGAGACAUCCACUGCAGGCAGUGCAAGGAGACGGUGGGCUGGAAAUACGAUAAAGCCUACGAGACCAGCGAGAAAUACAAGGAGGGCAAGUUCAUCCUGGAAGAAGAGCUGCUGUGCGUGGUGUGCUGAAGCGCUCGUUCCCUGACACACGAGGACCUCCGGGGAUACCGCUACCCCAUUCCCGGAGCAAAGGUUUACGGGCUAAACCAGCGAAAAGGUUGAUCCUUACAGCAAGCGUGUGCUUUCCUUUUCAUCUUUUCUGUUACAAUAUUCUGGCGCAACGUGCAUGGCGUUCAGUGGAGCACCGCUUGUUUUCGGUCGACUAUGCCCACCCAAGGAGUUCACCCCAGAUCCGGCGCAACCUGGACUUGAUUUUGAUUGAUGCAUAGCGGAAGCCAAGGUUUCCAGAACUUCUUCUUGAGUGAUUUUUGAUUAUUCUUAUUUCUGCUAUAGUGUAUCUUAGAAUGACGGUACUACUGCUGGUAAUUGGUAGCUUUCUCUGGUCGGAGGCACAAUCAAAUUAGGUCAGAAAUAACUUCAGACAUG